AUGGUCGCCGGCACCGCCGCGUCCGUCGCGGCCGUGGGCCUCCGGUCGCUCGCCGCCUGGUGCUCGUCGGAGGUCCGCGCGCGGUUCCGGCGCCGCCUCUUCGCGUCCGUCGAGGUCUCCGAGACCGAGGACCCGCGGCUCUUCAAGGCGCUCGUGCGCUGGCUCGAGAGGCGGCGCGUGCUCGCGAGCUCGGGCAGCUUCCGCGCGGUCGCGGCCGAGCCGCGCGCGAGCGGCAAACCGAACGGCCCGCGCGCGCCGGCGUCGUUCCGGCCCCGCGACGACGUGUGCCUGCUGCCGCUGUUCGGCGAGCUCGAGUCGGCGAGGUUCGCCUUCGGCGGCGCGACGCUCUGGGUCACGCUCGAGGGCGGCGGCAGCCUCAGCGGCACGGACGCGUCGAACCUGCGCGCGCUCAUCGGCGACAUGCGGGCGUCGCCCGCGCGGCGCGCGGCGCGCGCGACCGCGCGGAGCGGCCUCGCGCCCCAGACGCUGCGCGUCGCCGCGCUCCGCGGCGCGGCGGCGCCGGACGUCGUCGCGAGGCUCUGCCGCGAGGCGCUCCGGGAGGCCGCGGACGCGGACCGGCGCCACGUCGAGCACUACGAGUGGACGGGCAAGGCCUGGGCCCUCGCGUCGCUGUCGCGGAAGCGGCCCGCGGAGACGCUCGUGCUCCGGGCGGGGCUCGCGGAGGAGAUCCUCGGCGACGUCCGGCGCUUCAUCGACGACGAGUCCUGGUACAACGAGCGCUGCGUGCCCCACCGGCGCGGCUACUGCCUCCACGGCCCGCCGGGCUCGGGCAAGAGCGCGCUCGUCCACGCCGUCGCGUCCGAGUUCGGCUGCCCCUGCGCCGCGCGGGCCGCCGCGCCCGAGAAGGUGGCGGCCGCGGACGGGCCGAGCCUCAGCGAGCUCCUCAACGCCGUAGACGGCGUCGGCGCGGCGGCGGACGGCCGCAUCCUGUUCAUCACGACGAAUCGCGUCGACGCCCUCGACGGCGCGCUCCUCCGGCCGGGCCGGUGCGACCGGUCCUUCUUCCUCGGCGCGUCCGACGAGGACCAGGCCCGGCGCCUCUUCGAGCGCUUCUUCGACGACGCGCCCGAGGCGGCGGCGGCCUUCGCGGCCGCGGCGCGCGGGCGGUCCAUGGCCGACCUCCAGGGCCUCUGCCUGCGACAUCGCGGCGACCCCACAGGGGCUGUUGCCGAAGCGUCCCUCGGGGUAGACGAGAGUAGGGGUACACAUCAACCACAACCAUGA